AUGGCUAGUUACCAGCAAGAACCACCGGCGGCGGUGGAGAGCAUUGGCCGCCACUCGAUCGAGACAUUGGUAGUGGUGUUGGCCGCCAUCACCAUCAUUGGAGUUUUUGCUGGGAUCGUGGCUCGGUUAUGCGGUGGCCGGCAUCUCGGAGGCUCGGGGGAGCAAGACAUAGAAGGAUGGGUGGAGAAGAGGUGCCGGAGCUGCAUCGACGGAGGCUUGCCGGAGGAAACGGCGGCGGCCAAGGAGGAGAAACCGAAGCCGGCAGCUGCUGAGGAAGAAAAGAAGUGA